GUUUGUUUUCAUGUUUCUCUGGAAGCAGCUGGGUUGUGAUGCAUAAUAGCGGGAUUUCCUUUGCACCGUCGCUUCGAUAAAAACCUUUGAAGGCCCACGGGCUGGGAAACGGCUGCUUGCUUGCUUGCUUGCUUGCAUCCCGGCCUGCUGCAGCGCUUGCCUUCCCGAAUACCUCGCCCUUGGCGUUCCAGCCGAGAGCUUUCCGUGGAUCUAGGAAAUUCACCCUGGAGACCCAGUCAAGGAGCAGAUUUCUCUCUCUCCCUCCCUCUGUCGUGACUGCUGCCGGCUGCUCGCUUGGCAAGCCGGAGAGCCCAGAUGAAGGGGGCACAGGGAGAUUCGGCUAACAAGUCCCCCGUUUGCUUCAAAGGCAGGGAUGGAGUCUUCAGGAACAUGGUUGCAGAAGACUUGACGAAGCGGGUGUUCAAGAAAGCCAGUCCCAAUGGGAAGCUCACCGUCUACCUGGGCAAGAGGGACUUUGUCGACCACAUAGAUGUCGUCGAUCCAGUGGAUGGCGUCGUGCUGGUCGAUCCAGAAUACUUAAAAGAAAGGAAAGUUUUCGUGACCCUCACUUGCGCCUUCCGCUACGGCCGCGAGGACCUGGACGUCCUGGGCCUGACCUUCCGCAAGGACCUCUUUGUCUCCAACAUCCAGGCCUUCCCUCCGGUCACCGAGGAGAAAAAGCCUCUGACCCGGCUCCAGGAACGGCUGAUUAAGAAGCUCGGUGAGCAGGCCUACCCUUUUACCUUCGAGAUCCUUCCCAACCUUCCCUGCUCCGUGACGUUGCAGCCGGGCCCCGAAGACACAGGAAAGGCUUGCGGUGUUGACUACGAAGUCAAAGCCUUCUGUGCAGAGAGUCUGGAGGAGAAGAUUCACAAAAGGAAUUCUGUGCGCUUGGUGAUCCGCAAAGUCCAGUAUGCGCCGGAGCGGCCGGGGCCGCAGCCGAUGGCCGAGACCACCCGGCAGUUCCUCAUGUCGGACAAGCCCCUGCACUUGGAAGCUUCCCUGGACAAAGAGAUUUACUAUCACGGGGAGCCGAUCAACAUCAACGUUCAUGUGACAAACAACACGAACAAGACGGUGAAGAAGAUUAAAAUCUCAGUUCGCCAAUACGCAGACAUCUGCCUCUUCAACACAGCCCAGUACAAAUGCCCCGUCGCCGUGGAGGAAGCAGACGACGUGGUGGCUCCGAGCUCGACCUUCUGCAAAGUCUACACGUUGACCCCGUUCCUCGCCAACAACCGGGAGAAGCGCGGCCUCGCCUUGGACGGGAAGCUCAAGCACGAAGACACCAACUUGGCCUCUAGCACACUGUUGAGAGACGGCGCCAACAAGGAGGUCUUGGGGAUCAUCGUCUCCUACAAAGUGAAAGUGAAGCUGGUGGUCUCUCGGGGCGGCGAUGUGGCUGUGGAACUGCCAUUCACCCUCAUGCACCCCAAGCCAAAGGAGGAGCCUCUGCAACGGGACGUUCCAGAAAACGAAGCUCCGAUUGACACAAAUCUCAUAGAGCUUGAUACGAAUGACGAUGACAUCGUUUUCGAGGACUUUGCCCGCCAGAGGCUGAAGGGGGUGAAAGACGAGAAGGAGGAGGAUGACGACGGGAUGAGCUCCCCGCAGCUGUAUGACAGAUAAACUGGAUCUCCUCCCCGAGGGUCUCUCUCUCUGUUUCCAAGUUCUGACACCUGAGCACUAGGCUUCUUAUCUUUUGUAUAAAGGUUUCUUUUUUUCCGGGGUGGGGUGGGGGUGGGGAGUUCCUUUGUUUUUUUAAAACACUGACCAGGAGCCCUGUGUGGUGAGUUGGGGAGCUUGCAAGAGCCUUGGGUUCUUUUUCCACCUGCUCUACGAGCCACAGAUUUUUCUGGCGGCCUCCAAGGAGGGCGAAUGCCCACCCACCUGUGAGCCACGCUGGAGGGGGGGGGGCUGUGUGUGCGUGUUUUCUGUCGUUGUCGUCAUUUGCCCAGGAAGGAGCUGCGGCCUUGCUUGGUAACUCUGCUCUGCUUUCUGCUGGGGGGGGGAAGCAAAGCUCCCCUCCUUCGGGGCUCCAUCCCAGGGUCCCCACCCCACUGGCUCGAGGGCCCUGCUGCUUCGCACUUCACUCCGUUCACCGGCGGAACCCCCUGCCACAAGAUGCGGCAACGGGCGCCUCUCGCCCUGAGAGUUCCCGAGGCGAUUUUGGAGGCCUGUCGGCAGCUGUUAAGCCAGGGGGCAAUGCGCCUAGAGCUGGCUACCAUGGUCUUUGGGUUGGAUCCAGUCGAGCGCUGUGCUGUCUUCUCUGGUUUUCCAUCUCUUGCCCUGAGGGCCUUUUUGAGAUGCUUAGAAUAAUAGAAUUUGUAGAGUUGGAAGGGCCCCCCUGCGGGUCAUCUAGUCCAACCCGCCCUGGAAUGCAGGUAUCUUUUGCCCAAUGUGGGGCCCUGAGUUCAAGAGUCAUGUUCCACCCACUGAGGUGUCCCAGGUCCAAGGAGGGGCUAUGGCUCAGUGAUGGAGUUUAUCGGCACGCUCAUUCCCCAUCAUCUCUAGAUAAAUGGAACAAGAGAGAAAAAGAUGCAUAAGUUGAUGGAAUUGAGAUGAGGUUGAACAAGAGCAGCAGUCCGGUUUUGCAGAAAUGGAGAAUUCUCCCUUCCAAACCCGUACUGCAUGUUCUAAACGCUUUAGCUUCAUAGAAUCGUAGAGCUGGAAGGGAACAUGCAAAACAUGUUCGGUGGAGUUGCUCUGAUUCCCACCCCCAGCCCAAAUUCCAGCCCCUGAAAAGGUUGUGCUUCGGGACUGCUGCAGCUCCCGGGAAUUACUGCCCUGGGUUCGAAUGCAGUGAUUUGCUACAUUUGGACUACUGCAAUGCGCUCUACGUGGGGCUACCUUUGAAGGUGACCCGGAAACUGCAAUUAAUCCAGAAUGCGGCAGCUAGACUGGUGACUGGAAGUGGCCGCCGGGACCACAUAACACCGGUCCUGAAAGACCUACAUUGGCUCCCAGUACGUUUCCGAGCACAAUUCAAAGUGUUGGUACUGACCUUUAAAGCCCUAAAUGGCCUCAGUCCUGUAUAUCUGAAGGAGCGUCUCCACCCCCAUCAUUCAGCCUGGACACUGAGAUCCAGCGCCGAGGGCCUUCUGGCGGUUCCCUCCCUGUGAGAAGCGAAGUUACAGGGAACCAGGCCUUCUUGGUAGUGGCACCCGCCCUGUGGAACGCCCUCCCAUCAGAUGUCAAGGAAAUAGACUUUUGAAGACAUCUGAAGGCAGCCCUGUUUAGGGAAGUUUUUCAUGUUUAAUAAAUUAUUGUAUUUUAAUAUUUCUGCUGGAAGCCACCCAGAGUGGCUGGGGAAACCCAGCCAGAUGGGCGGGGUAUAAAUAAUAAAUUACUAUUAUUAUUUGGGUCUGAGAAGCCAAGCUGGACUGGAGAGCAAAACCUGCCACUCAAGUUUUCAUCUCCAGGCAGGGUAUGGGGUCUCUGUCUGCACACACUGCGAUUUCAGUGAGCAAGGACUACACAUUUGUUAUCUUAUGGGUUCCAUAAAAUAUAUUCAGCUUGAUUGUUCAAACAAACAAACAAACCUAAAAGCGGUUUACAAAGAGAACGAAGCGAUAAAACUACCAGUAAAAGCACCUCUUUGAAACUUUUGAAAGAUAAUGUAAUAAACUAAGAAGAAACUAAAACAUGCAUUGAGGUUCCACGUGUCCGGACAGGCUUGUCUAAACAAGACUGGUUUGGGCAGACACCAAAAAUAGGAUGGUGUCAAUGAGCAGGGAGUUCCAAAGUGCAUGGGACAUUAAAAUAUUAAUUCAAUAUUAAAAUAUGGAUUUCAUACCAGUGUGGAACAAGCAUCACGCGGCACCUUUAGCAGUGCCGGUUUCUGCAGAUUGUCGCAGUCGGAAGGACAUCUGUGAGGUUUGUGCCAUUAUCACGGACAGGCUCGCUCUCUUUCUUUCUCUCUCUCUCUCUCUCUCUCUCUCUCUCUCUCUCUCUCUCUAAGGCAAAAUUUCCUGCCGGAAUGCUGUAUUCUUAUGCUGUGAACCUCCCUGAGCUCUACAGGCGAAACUUAAUACAUUUAAUAAUAAAUCUGCAGAGAUGGGCUCUGCAGAUGAAACUUAAUAACAACACCCUUGGUUCAUCCAGAGCUCACCUGGAUUUCAGAAAGGAGUCCCCCCCUCUCUCACCUGCAAAUCCCCUCUCGCCGUGCGUUUACCCGCCUCACACCUGAUGCCAUAAAUCAGCUUCAGGUGUAGGGUCAGGUGGCUGGGGGUCUGGCCUUUAAUAGCCUCAUGGGCCAAGGGUGAAGGCGCCACGGGCCAAAUUGGGGUACAGGGACCUAAAACUUCUAUCAGGUGUGAUAUUUGUCCAGCUGGUCUCUCAGGGGCUUGGGCAAAGGACCCCAGCGCCUGGCAGUUUCUUAGUGGAAGACACCUUUGGGGGAUUGAGCCUUGGGAACAAAGGAGUUAGGCUCUUUUGCUACAGCCCCUUUUGCCCUAUGGAAGAAGGGCAGCAGCUAGUUUAUGCUGGAAGCUGGGAAGAAAGGGGAAUCACAGAAAAGGAACAAUGGCUGCAUUGAUCAGCAUGAGCCGAUCGAAUUUGCAGAACUAGCAAACGGCAGCCCAAAAUAAGGAACCAAGGCAACAGGCAGAUAAGGGGCGAGUGGGAAAGCUUCAGGGGGGGGGGGUAUUUUAAAAGAUAUUACACCAAAUUUUCAUGUUGAGGCAGCUUUAUGAGGAACAGUGAACAAAGACAUGAAAAAUAGGGUGGAUAAAUUAUUUGAUAUGCAGCAAAACAAGGCAUAUCUAGAAUGCCUUUUGGGAGUCUUGGGUUGGGAAGUCUGUAAAUAUUGCAUGAUGGGAAAGUAUGCUGUGUAUAUUGAAUACUGCAAAACGCUUUAAAAAAUUUUUUAAAAAGGAAGAGGGGGAGCAGCAAGGCUUUCUCUGAAUGACCCAGAAGCCUCAGGAAGGGGGUCUGCUGUCAACAAAAGGGUGGCGGACGAGAUUUUUGCCUAUCCCAAAGAAUGAUGUGCUUUUACUAAUCUGGCAUGUAGAGCCUCUUCCACUGCCAUUUGUCAGCAGAGGACUGGGGGCCAGUUCCCUGAAUUUCUCCAGGGGAUGAAUCAUAGCAUUGCAAAGUUGGAAGGGCCCCCCAAGGGGCAUCUAGCCCAACCCCCUGCAAUGCUGGGGAAUAUUUGGAGACUAUUCUGCAAAGCAGCCUUUCCCCGAGGAGCUGAGGAAAAGGGGAAACCGGAAUAUAUUUUCUUUGCAAAAAAUGUAUUACGAGAUGUUUUGGCUCAGCUGCACCGAAGCAACACCUGUGUGCCUUGAACACUUGCAGAAACCAGCCACCUAGAAAAAGCUUCACGUUUUCCCCAUUUACAUUCCCCACUUACUAUGGACUUCAGUUUUGCACACGUAGCAGAUAUUAUCAUUGCAGUCGUAGUUAUUAGAAUAUGAGAAAUCGGUAGAAACAAUUGGCCAAAUAGGUAUUGUCACAGGUAUAUUAUUAGUUAUUAAAUUUGCAGGCCACCCUCCACCUGAAGAUCUCAAGGCAGUUCGCAGCGUAAGAAUACAAAAGCACAAAACGUAAUAAUUUGUAGAAUUCAGUAUGCUCAAACCAUCUUGCCCUGGUGAACAACCUGGCCGCUGAAUGCUCAGUGAGGUUCCCCGCUGACCGAGAGGGAAAAAACCGGUCCUUCCUGCUUCUGCACUUUUAUAAAGUUUGAUAGGCAGAAUCGUGCCACUGAAGUGCGGAGUGAAAUCGAAUCAAGCUGCCAGUUAAAGGAAUUCCCUUUAGGCUCAGUCUUAGGCAAGAGAAGCGAUCUCAAGAAAGUGGGUAGGGCGUUGCCAGGAGGGGGUAAAGGUAAAGGGACCCCUGACCAUUAGGUCAAGUCGUGACCGACUCUGGGGUUGCGGCGCUCAUCUCGCGUUAUUGGCCAAGGGAGCCGGCGUACAGCUUCCAGGUCAUGUGGCCAGCAUGACAAAGCCGCUUCUGGCGAACCAGAGCAGCGCACGGAAACGCCAUUUACCUUCCCUAUUUAUCUACUUGCACUUUGAGGUGCUUUCAAACUGCUAGGUUUGCAGGAGCUGGGAGUGAGCAACGGGAGCUCACCCCGUCGCGGGGAUUCGAACCGCCGAUCUUCUGAUCGGCAAGCCCUAGGCUCGGUGGUUUAACCCACAGUGCCACCUGCAUCCCCACCAGGAGGGGGAGUUUUCACAAAACCGCUUUCCGGUGGCUUUCUUUUCUUCUCACGAAAAGCACUCUAUUAAAUGCCCCCAAUAAAUAUUCCUGCACAGCAAGGGAGUUGGACUAGAUGAGCCCUCCGUUCCCCUUCCCAAGCCUUCUAACAAAAGCAGGGGCAGCGGCGACUGCGCCUGCCCAGGUUGUGUGUUCGGUCCCAUCCGUGGUUGUGUUUCACGUUGCUGUGUUGACUUUUUGCAACUUCCACGUUUGCCAGAACCGUUUUGGGUCUCGGGGGGGCCCCCCGUUAAUAAGCGCACAUUUGGGGGUUCGAGAGGCAAGCAGAGCAGAGUUACGGCCGCCCCUUCCCUGGGAGAGGAGGGGGAGGAAGGCUGAAUGAACCCGGGGUCAAGGAGGGAGCCCUUUGCAAACUCUAGCUCAGCAAACCAGGUGGCAGCGUGGUCCGUUUUGUAACGUGGUUCCUUUGUACUGUUCUUUAAGGGGGGGGGAGACGACAACACCUUGGCUUCCUCCACUGUAUCCGUGACGUUUUCUGUGUUUUUGUCAAAUAAAUUAUUCUAGUUUAUUAAUCUUAGAAAAA